ACAUUGUUUUUACACCUUUCGCGAACAUAAAACUUAAAAAUGUCAUUUAGUACAUUUGCUGUAAGAAGUAUAGGUUACCUUUCAACUAUUGCUUACAUGGUUAGCAUUUGCCUCGCUCAGCAUAUGAUAGGGACUAAGAUUUACUGGAACAAGUGCUUUCAUAAAGAGCAGUACUCAAUAUUAGGAGGUCUGUCAGCGGACAAAUGCUUAAAGGAGUGUAUUAUCAGUGGCAGCCAAUGCAAAGCCGUCGCAUACGAAAGGCUGAGAACCGUUUGCCGCCUGUAUAAUGACGUCGAUGUCAGCAACGUCGAGAAAGACUCGUAUACGUGCGUUGGAUCAAAUAUUGUGUACCGGAACAGCUUUACCAAGAACGAGGCUGAUGUAUGCGGACAAAAUUCGUGUCCAAAAAGAGAUUGUGGCCCAUUCCCUGAAGUUCAAAAAGCCACAGAAGUGCUCGGAAAUCUCGCGACCAUUGGUACAAAGAGACUUGUCGUCUGCGAGAGCAACAAAAGGAUACAAGUCAUGUGUCUGGAAACAGGAGAGUGGUCACACAACGAAACGAUGUGUCUAGGUAGUGGUGGGUGUUCCGACAUGGUAUUUGUUACACGAGCGACAUGGGGCGCACGACCAUGGAAAGGUCGUUCGUCUAUAACCGUGCCUGUGAGCUCUUUGAUAAUUCACCACACAGAAAAUGUGUCAUGCACCGUGAAGACGCAAUGCAUGGAAAUUUUGCGAGAAAUCCAAAACCAGCACAUGGAUAAAUAUCGUUGGUAUGACAUAGGCUACAAUUUUCUCGUCGGCGAAGACGGGAAUGUCUAUGAGGGGCGGGGCUGGAAACACGAAGGGGCUAGCGAACACUCGACGGGAAAUACAACCAAAUCGACACUUACUCAAACAUCGAUACUUGUGUCGAUGAUCGGAAACUUCGAACCAAGAGUGCCGAACGCGAUUGCUCUGACAGCGCUGAAGAAUCUGAUAAAGUGUGGAGUCCAGCAGGGAAACAUAACCGAAAGUUACCGUCUCUAUGGACAUCGAAACGAAACGAAUACCUCGUGCCCCGGAACAGCCCUCUACGAUUACAUCCAGACCCUGCAGCCUCACUCCCCUUGAGCCCCGUAGCUUGACCGUUCUUGGUACGACAAAUAAGACGACUUUAACUUUUAAAUUGUAAAUUUUCCGUUCCUAGAUGGUAAAAUCACUAAAAGUCGAUCCUAUGGUAUUUACAUUUUGCAGUUGGAACGUAACGCCAGAGCCU